AUGGAGGUUUGUUCAACAGUCACGACCAAGAAGCUCUCAAGCCUCGCAAAACUAAUCCUCUUUACCAUCCAGAAGGUCUCAGACGCUUCACGUCACAAACUCGUAAGCACUCUCGAUCCACAACUACUAGCCAAACGUGGCAAGAUCCUACGUAAGUCCCUAAGCGACGCCGUAUCGACUUCGCACUCUCAGAUCACGUGUCGUCCUUCCGACCACCACGAUGUUCGGUCUUCUUUCAUUUCCCCUGUCCCGAUCCAACUUGAGUACGAGUUCAGCUGCAGCAGCACCCCACCGAGACGUUCCUACACCACCACCGGAUGCCACGUCAGCAACGGACGACGUAGCGGGGCCCACAAACCGCUCAUCAGCAAACGCCAACGUCAAGCUUAUAUACGAUACAACACACUUCCUAAGGUUCGUGAAUCUAUGUGGGACCGACACAUGUCGUCGGCGGCGGUGUUUCCCGACGUAGCUAGCAGCACCGGUACGAUGGAUAGCUGCCACGUGGAUAGAGCUGCGGAGGAGUUUAUACAGAGGUUUUAUAGACAACUGAGGUUACAGAAGUGGAUGAUGGCUCAAGAGACUUGA